AUGAAUUUGACGAAAUUACGAGCUCUUAUUAAGGGAAAUAAAGCCGCAGUUACAAAGCUAACGUCAAAGUUCAAUGCAGACGAUUCGGAAAUCAAUGCAGAAGGAAUAGAGAAUAUUCUCCAUUCUUUAGAAGAGAAGCAGACGACAAUUGAAAGUCUACACUCACAGGUUCUUGAAAUUCUACCACAGGAAAAUGAAGAGGAACUUGAAGAGGAGGUGAUCGCACAGCACGACUACAGCUAUUCUCUACAGUGUACAUUAAACAAAAUCAAGAAAACAUUAAAGGUAAGAAAUUCAAAUCUUAACGCCGCCGCAGAAGUAUUUAGUAAUAGCUCCACAGAAACGCAAUACAGUACCGGAAGUGAAAACAUAAAUCGAUCCAACAGGGACGCAAUUAAUUCAUGCAGUACAACACGAGAGCAAUCAAGGAUGAUUAACAGUUAUGAUAAUGUUCAAUGUGUAAAUUCUGGAAACAGCUAUCAAAGAUUGCCGAAAUUAGACCUUCCCAUAUUCACCGGAAAUGUAAUUGACUGGCAAGCCUUCUGGGAUUCAUAUGAAUCUGCAAUACAUGCAAACUCGUCACUUACGGACGUACAGAAAUUUAAUUAUUUGAAAUCGUUCCUUAGGGGAGAGGCUCUUCAAACAAUCGCAGGCUUCGCGCUUACAAAUGUAAAUUACCAGAAAGCAGUCGAGAUUUUACACGAACGUUAUGGGCAGAGGGAGAAGAUAAUUCAGACAUACAUGACAGCAUUACUAGAUUUACCGGCGCCAGUAAACAAUUUUGCAAGCCUUCGCCAUUUCUACGACGAAACAGAGACACAUAUCAGAGGUUUAGAUUCCUUAGGACAAAGUGAAAAUGCAUACGGUUCAUUGCUAGUUCCCGUCAUACUGGCGGAAAUGAAAAAGAACAUGACCCGUGAACAUGGUUCAACAAAAUGGAACUUAAAUGACAUUAGACGAAUGUUUCUGAAGGAGUUAACCAUUAUGGAAGCCGGUAAUGAACCUCAGCCUUCGACCUAUCCAGCUACAUCAGCGUUUGUGACCAAUAAUAACAAAUAUAAAUCAAGUAAAUCGGACAAAAGGCAUGAAAAUCCACAUAGAUCUAGUUUUCAGUAA